ACAAAUAAAUGCAAAUAAAUUCUAGCUGAGUUGCACCACGUGGAUCAGUGUGUAGGAUGUGGGGAGGGGGGGCGGAUCUAUUUCAAGGAGCACGGAGCAGGAGGAAGAGUCCGCCGGCAGGAGGUCAGUCCCACGUGUGACUCCAGAGGAGGAGAACAUCACCGGGAGGAUCAUCUCCGCCUCUCGUCUUCAUCCGUAGACACCGUGAACGUUCCACCCGCCCGCGCGCGCUGCUCCUCUCCGGUGUUUUGGAUGUGUCGACCAACCGCAGCGCUGCGCGCGGUGCUCUGCGUGUUUCUCUGCGCGGCGCAUCUGUGCGCUGCGGGCACAAUCCAGCUGUUCAACCCCCGACCGGUUAUAGGUGUGCUGGCGCAGGAAAACCUUCCUGGAGACAAGUUCGCUCGCGGCUCGUCCUACAUCGCCGCGUCCUACGUGAAGUACCUGGAGGGAGCCGGGGCGCGAGUCGUGCCCAUCAGAAUCAACCUCACAGAAGAAGAAUAUGCUCACAUCUUUGCCUCAAUAAAUGGGCUGCUGCUGCCGGGAGGAGAUGUGGACCUUCAAAAGUCACAGUUCAGUCGAGCAGCCAGGAUCUUCUACCGAUUGGCUGUGAAGGCCAACGAUGGCGGGGACCACUUCCCCAUCUGGGGCACCUGUCAGGGCCUCCAGCAGCUAUCCGUCAUCACGGCCCACAAGAACCUGUUGACCCUCACCGACACCAAGGCUGUGGCUCUACCGCUCACUCUCACACCAGCGGCCCAGUCCAGUCGACUCUUUCGAAGUUUCCCCAAGGAUCUGCUGCACUCUGUCGCCGAAGAGAACAUCACCUCCAACUUCCACAGCUGGAGUCUGACUCUGCAGAACUUCAGCCGAAAUGCCAAGCUGAAGAGGUUUUACAAGGUCCUGUCCAUUAACAGUGAUGGGAAGAAAGAAUUCAUCUCAACCAUGGAAGCAUACCGCUACCCUUUUUAUGCAGUGCAGUGGCAUCCAGAGAAAAGCUCCUUUGAGUGGAUAGAUAAGCCGGGCAUGGUUCACUCCACUGCUGCUGUAGCAGUCUGCUUCUACACCGCCCGCUUCUUUGUCUCUGAAGCCAUGAAGAACCAGCACCAUUUCUCCAGCGCCGCGGAGGAGGAGAGAUCUCUCAUCUAUAACUUCUCUCCCGUUUACAGAGGGACUCAUGCCAUCUUUGUGCAGAACUAUUACUUCGAUUGAUCGAUGGCAGUGAAGACGGCUUAGUGCAGUCAGAAUUCAUCAUUAGUGGAACAAGUUAUAAAACAAACAUCAAAUCAGUGAUUGAAUAAAAAGGCAUAAUGUGAAUUUCAAAAUCUAAUACAAAGCCAGAUAUCUAUGAUAAGUUUCUGUUUAUGCAAAUCACCUUAGAAUGUGAGGAUUUGUAUUUUUAAGGAGGCUCAAACAACAAGAGGCGGUUCUACCUUUAGUUACAUCCAAUAAUUCCAUUAAUUUAGUGGAUGAAUAAAAAAUUCAUAAAAAAAUUCUAAGGGCAUCCUUUAAGAUUAAAAAACACUUAAGUUGCUAAGCAGUAGCCCACCUCAAUAAUUUACCAAAUAACUGCUUGUCCAGUUUUGUUUGUUCCUGUAUUUGUUUUUUAUCCCACUAAAACAAUUUCUCCAGACAAUGUAAUCAAUAAAAUUUUGAACUAAUACUACUCUGUAA